AUGGCGACAAGCUCCCUAAGCCGCCGAGACUUCAACGUCCUCGAGAAGAUUAAGGACCCAGAGUCAAAUCCAACGACGGCCGUUCUUGUAGAUGCAACACUACCCAAGGAUCCGAAUAUAGCGGAUACAUCUGUUUAUGACCGUGUUUCUCGGAGAGAGCGGGAUAUCGUACUGGCUAUGCAGCAGCUUGAGAUGCAACUGGCCGGUUUGCGGCCAGCACCAACAGCGGAGCCGAUACAGGAAUAUCGACAAUGCUUGUCUAAACUCGGGGAACUCAUAACAGAAUACCCAAAAUACGCCAGCGCUCGAAAUAAUAGAGCACAGGUCUUCAGGAGGCUGUACGGAGAUGCACUGCUGUUAUCUGGUGAUCAGGCCUCAAGAGGGUUGUUAAGUGAGGUUGACGAGCUCGAGAAAUCUCAAGCAGCAGACUUGGCUCUUUCCGAUCUAGACCAGGCCAUUUCCCUGUUGACUCCAAGGAGCAUAUUCGCAGCCAUAUCACCACAAGCCGGGAAAACUUUGUCACUCGCACACACCCAACGAGCAGCGAUCUAUUAUAUGACUUCGAAGUCCUUUCAGGCUGGCAGUAAAAUCAACAUUGUCGGAAGAAAGGAGGAAGGCUGGACAAAGAACGACUUCGAAGAGGCGGCAUCGAGAGAUUUUUCCUCGGGAGGAAGAUACGGAAACGAUAUUGCGAAAGCUCUGGCAGUGAGUACUAAUCCCACAGCCAAGCUUUGCGGUCAGAUGGUGAGGGAGGCCAUGAAGAAGGAAUAUGGCCCCGCAUAUGCUUCGUAA